CUUUGUAAUUGGAAUCCUAAGCUUGUGAUUCUGCUAACGGAGUGUGAAUUUGCGUAGACGUCGGCUAAGUAGCCAGUUUAACAGCUAGCCUAAUGUUCUGUUCAACGACCAGUCAAGGAACGUAGUUUACAUAAAGCUUAGCAUACUAUUGUUCUAAACUUGGUCGUAGUUUUCUUUUCAUUUGGAGGAUAAAUGCCCAAUUCCGAGGUGCUUCGAGAAGGUCGGGGACGGAGCCCCUCUACGCAGCGAAAUGCUAACAGGCAGGACCGGAGGAGCAGAGCAGGGAGCGGGGCUGCUCAGCGAGACAGACGCCGAGCGAAGGCGCGCUCGUCGACUUCACGGAGAAAGAAACGCAGGCAAGCCAGGAAUAGACGCUUGUGGCCAACAGGUACAGCAGAAGACAAUGGCCGAAAUAUCGCUUUUGAAAAAGAGCUGGAACUUCAGACAUUAGUAGAAUAUGACGACGUGAGCUCACAGUCGGAGCGUUUCUCUGGGAGCCCCUCUCCUAAACCCUAUCCCCAUGACAGUCUGUCAGUGGGGCAUCUCAGCGAUACUGACUUUGGGGACAAUAAUGGACCAGCAUCCCUGGAUCGAAGUCACCUGGGAGGCCGGGAGGCAGUGAGCCUCCGGAAAAAUGACAUAAAAAGAGGACCAUCUGCGAAGAACAAACAAGACAAGAUGAUAAACAGAAAAAAAGAACGCCAGAAUCGAGAGAAAGACCCCUCCAAAGUCAGGAGUGGAGGUAGCCUGAGUGGCGCUAAAAAUCACAAGGACUCUGCAAGGAGCAGUGACAGGAACAAUAAAAGGACUUCUGCGUCUCAGUCCUUGCAGACUGGACAGAAGAAGGAUUCAAAAAGACACAAAAGUAAAACCAGAUCUGACAAAGAGCCGCCAUCUGCAUACAGGGAGGCUCCACAGUCUUACAGAGAAGAGCGUGAGGACCUCAAAGCCUACAGGAGAAGUCCUGGUUUUAAAGCAGACAGUCCCUAUGGGACAUCCUUUUCUUAUAGCUACCAGUCUCCUGCUGGCUAUAACCAAUCGACAUCAAGAAAAAGUCCAACGUAUGGGAGCAAAAGACUUUCUCCCAGUUCCACAUACUACAACAGGGACUCAGAUGUUUAUGGAGCAUAUGGUGUUUCAAAGUCGCCAAGCUCAUACUCCAGCAACAAGAGGAAGCGAUCUCCUGCGAGCCCAGCGAACUGGCGCAGGUCACCGAGCUAUGGUCGACACAGUCCAUACGAACAAGGCGAGUUUGUCUCAGGUUCUUACGGAAACCGCAGAAGAUCUCGAAGUCCUUACAGAAAGUCCCGGAGUCCGAGUCCAGAUGUCAGGCGAUCUGCAAGGUCACGUAGCAGGAGUCCAUAUUCAACCUCAAGACCGUCGCGUUCUCACAGCCGUCACCGCCACUCUCGUUCCCGCAGCCGCCCCGCCAGUCUUUCGCCAAGUACGCUCACUUUUAAAUCCAGCCUUGCAGCUGAGCUUAGCAAGCAGAAAAAGGCUAAAGCUGCAGAAGCAGCUGCCAAGGCCAAGAACACAAGCAACACAUCAACUCCGACCAAGGGUUCCUCAUCUGCACUACAGCCAAGCCCUAAAUCAAAUCACAUAGCCAGGAAGGGACGCCCUCCCUCUCCACCACAACCAGAAAAGGGUCCCAGAACUCCGACAUCAAACCAGCCUCAGUCUCCUGCUGACAAGUUGUCCAAGAAGAUCACAGAGAACCAGAACAGUAGAGACAAAGAUGGAAAAGGGAGGGAUGACUCUGUUCACCGGGACAAGAGGAAAGCACCAGCAUCUGCACAGAGCAAAGACAAGGAACGAGCUGCUGGUCCAGUUAUUUCUACUCUGCCAGCUCUGCCGUUGCCCCAAAUAACACCAGAACACUCUGACAAAGGAGAAAGUUUAAAGGACAACUCACUCUCAGGAAAAAAGAAGAUGGAGAAAAAGACCCGUCAACUCCUCUCUGACUUGCCUCUGCCACCUGAACUUCCUGGUGGUGCAUCGUCCUCUCCGCACAGCCCUUCUGAUGACAAAAAGUCACAAACACUUCGUCGAAGACCUAAAAUUUGUGGUCCAAGAUUUGGUGAGAUAAAUGAAACUGAGAUAUACUGGGGAAAACGAUGUGUGGACAAGUUUGAGAUUAUUGGAAUCACAGGGGAGGGUACCUAUGGUCAAGUAUACAAAGCUAAAGACAAAGACACUGGUGAAAUGGUGGCUUUGAAGAAAGUUCGUCUGGACAAUGAAAAGGAGGGCUUCCCUAUCACAGCCAUCAGAGAAAUUAAAAUUUUGCGACAGCUGAAUCACAAGAGUAUCAUAAAUAUGAAGGAGAUUGUGACAGACAAGGAAGACGCUGUGGACUUCAGGAAUGAUAAAGGUGCUUUUUAUCUCGUAUUUGAGUACAUGGACCACGACCUAAUGGGUUUACUAGAGUCAGGCCUGGUCCAUUUCAACGAGAACCACAUCAAGUCUUUUAUGCGACAGUUGCUGGAGGGCCUGGAUUACUGCCACAAGAAGAACUUUCUGCAUAGAGACAUCAAGUGCUCCAAUAUACUUCUUAAUAACAAAGGCCAAAUAAAGCUUGCAGACUUCGGACUUGCUCGUCUAUAUAACUCUGAAGAGAGUCGACCAUACACCAAUAAAGUGAUCACACUAUGGUACCGUCCCCCAGAACUUCUCCUGGGAGAAGAGAGGUACACCCCUGCUAUUGAUGUCUGGAGUUGCGGGUGCAUUCUUGGGGAACUGUUCACAAAGAAACCCAUUUUUCAAGCAAACCAGGAGCUGGCACAGUUAGAGCUAAUUAGUCGAAUAUGUGGCAGUCCCUGUCCUGCUUUUUGGCCAGAUGUUAUAAAGCUUCCCUUCUUCAACACCAUGAAACCAAAGAAACAAUACAGGAGACGUCUAAGAGAGGAGUUUGCUUUCAUCCCACCAUCAGCCCUGGAUCUCUUUGACCACAUGCUCAACUUGGAUCCCAGCAAACGCUGCACCGCUGAACAAGCUCUGAGCAGCGAGUUUCUCAAGGAUGUGGACCCAGAUAAAAUGCCUCCACCAGAUCUUCCACUUUGGCAGGACUGUCAUGAGCUAUGGAGUAAGAAACGGCGGCGACAGAAACAGAUGCCAGAAGAACUGGUGGCUCCAAAGGUGCCUCGAAAAGAGCUCGGUCUUGAUGACAGUCGCAGUAACACUCCACAGGGCUUCUCUGCUCCUGGAAGUAUCAAAGCUCAGAACACUUCUGCUCUGCUUGAUGCAAAGGGUCCAAACUCACAGUUCACACAAGAGCAGCUGGCGGUCCUCCUGAACUUGUUUGGCCAGCCCAAGAGUGCAGUCAACCCAGCGCAGUUUGGGCAGUCUAUGAGCACUAAAGUCAACCAGGAGACAGUACAGCAGCUCACGACAGCCUUGCCUCCCUCUGACCCAGCUGAACCCCCACCUCAGCCUGCACCUGCCAAGCCUCCCCAGCCUGCUGCCCCAGCAGGGGUACCCCGCACACCUCCCAUGCGAAAGCCUCCAUCGCCCACGAUGUCUGCACCAUCAAGUAAUCCAGAAGGCGAGGCCGCAGCUGCUACUCAGACAGCCAUGACUAUGCUGCUAGCUCAGCUACUGCAGGCUCAGCAGGCUAAGAGGCAGGAAGUAAGUGAUGGUGGCGACGGCACAGAAAGUACCAACCCUGUUGGAGUAACUACAGCAGCACCGCUUCUACCUCCAGAGGUUAAACAGCCUCCAGAGCCCAGCCCUGUUUCUUCAGUAUCUGAGGUAGGGGGCGUUCCCAUCCUGCCCCCAGACCAGAGACCUCCUGAGCCUCCAGAACCUCCUCCACAUGCUGACUUGGACUACCGACAGCCACCGCCCGAGCCCCAAACUGGCCACGCUCCUCCUAUUGCUUCAGCAAGUGGAGUCGAUGGAGGUCGGCCCCCAGAGCCAGACUAUCCGCCUCUCCCUUCUGCAGAGGGUUCUGGGUACGGGGCUGAAUACAACCACCCACCUCCCCCAACUUUUACUCCUGCUGGCUUUGGGGACAGCUACAUGGGUCAUAUGUUAGGCGGAGGCCUGCCACCUCACACACUCAGAAAAGUUUUUAGUAGGCCUGGACAAGCGGCCAGUUCCUCAAAUGCUGCUGGGGUUCUGCCACUGGGCCACCCAGACCCUUUCCCUCCAGCAGCUGUAGCCACUGGACCCAGUAGUAUGGUUUUUAGUGGGGAUAAGGACCACCGGUUUGAGUACAAUCACAGCUCUGUAACUAUGGAGGGACAGCCCAACCCCAGUGCAAUCCACCUGUACAACCACACUAUGGUUGGAAAGGAUGGUAUACUUCCUCCACCACCCAUCCCAACACCAGGACAAUCCUGGUGCUCCCCAUCGCAAGUUGGGGCUCCACCUCUCCCUUUUGGCUUUGUCCCACACAUGAACUCCACAGCAACAAUCAGAGGACGGGGGCUGCCUUUCUGAAAGACUGGAAACUUUUAAUGCAACAAAGAACAAAAGGCUAAAAGACUCAGCUUUGAACCCAAAGCCUUUUUUAGGCCAGAUUAGAAGGAUCUGGAGAUGCACAUUCAGUUUUAUUAACUUAAAUCUGUGUAAAGCAUUGUAUUUUUUUUAAUCUGGAAUAUGUUGCAGAAGACAGUUGAAUAACACCUGAGGAUCUUUUCAUAUUUUUUGUAAUCUAUUCUGCUAUCUUUUAAAUUAAACUUUUAUCUUUUUUGGAUGUACCAUCAUCGGGCCAGGUAAAUUUUAAUCUCUACCUUAGCCUUUCUGUAACGUUUUAAGGCAGAAUAGUAUUAUUGUUUUGCACCACUGACAGAAGUAGGCAGAAACUAUUUUGGCUAUGAAAGAUAAUGGAUGUGGGAUGUCUGCACAAAAUUAAAAUUUUGACUGAUAAUGUCUUUAUGGCCAAGAUUAUAUGUAGUUAUUGAUGGCUCAUUUGGUUAGGCUGAUGGAUUAGGCGUCAGUGCGUGCAAAGGCUGGUAGCACUUGUACAGCUGCAGAAAAUGUAAAAAUGAAGAAAGGCUGUUUUUAAUUAGAAAUGUCUUUUUGACUGUAGGUGUAAAAACUGAGCAGAGCAAACACACACCCAGAGUGGAGAUGAAAGGAAAUGACUUUUUGUACUAAAAUAAUCUUCACCCCUUCCUUGUCCUUUUUGGCAAAUGUUUAUUAAAGAAAUCC